AUAGCUGUGGCUUUGGUUGAGUCUGCCUGGGAAACUGAUGAGAUUAAUUCCGAUCUCAAGCAGUUAGCCCCUUUCCUAUUCAGUCGUGGCGCAUCCAAAGCUUCCGAGGAAAGUGGGAUCUUUCGGUCCUUCCUGCAUUUCCGACCAUUACAGGAUCUAGAAAUGUCUACAACACUUUUAUCUGCCUUCUACGACAUCGACUUUUUCUGCAAGACCGAAAAAUCCUUGAGCAAUAUGCUGGACAAGAAGGCAGUGGGGAGCCCUGUGGGCACCUCUCCCAGCUCCAAUUUCACGCCGGGCUUUCUGCGAAGGCACUCGACCAGUAAUCUCCAGGCUCUGGCUAACGGCAAUGUGAAGUUUCCUAGUGCCUCGCUGUCCGCACCCUCUAACUUCGGCAGCCUUAAGGAGCCUGGCAGCGGAGCAGGCGGCAGCAGCAGCCCCACCAUCGCCUUGCUGAACAAGGAGAACAAGUUUCGAGACCGGUCUCUCAGCGAGAACGGCGAACGAAGCCAACACCUCAUGCAACAGCUGCACCAGCAGCAAGUGGUGGUUGUGGCAGCGGCUUCGGCGGGAAAGGGCGGCGGCGGCAGCAAUGGGGGAGGAGGCGGAGGAAACGGCGGAGGGGGAGCGCCGAUCAACUCCACACGUUACAAGACAGAGCUCUGCCGGCCGUUCGAAGAGAGCGGUUCCUGCAAGUACGGCGAAAAGUGCCAGUUCGCUCACGGCUUCCACGAGCUCCGCAGCCUGACCCGCCACCCCAAGUACAAGACGGAGUUGUGCCGCACUUUCCACACCAUCGGCUUUUGCCCCUAUGGGCCUCGCUGCCAUUUCAUCCACAACGCGGACGAGCGCCGCCCAGCGCCCGCCGGCGGCAGCACUAAUCCGCCGGCGGCCCAGCAGCAACCGCCCCCGCCGCCUCCUCCCCCUCUCCAGCCCAACCUUCCGCCUCACAGCAGCCACCCCUCGCACCACCACCCUUCCCUGCACCCCCCACACGCGGGCAGCACCGGCGACCUCCGCGCCUUCGCCCCCUCCGCCCGAGACCACCCGUUGGGGCCUGGCGGCGGCAACGGCAACAGCUUUGGCAUCCCACACCCCCGAGGAGGAGGGGAGAGGCCCAAACUCCACCACAGCCUCAGCUUCUCCGGUUUCUCCACCCACCAUCAUCACGGCGGGGCUGUGGCGCAGGGCGGGCUGGAAGCGGCGGCCCUGAUCCUGGAAAGCCCCGGUGGGUCCCGCACCCCGCCGCCACCUUCGGGCGGCUCCUACUGUGACGACUUGGUCGUCUCUUGCGCUAACAACGCCUUCGCCUUCUCGGCCGGCCAGGAGCUGGGCAGCCUCAUCGCUCCUCUCACCCUUCAACCGCCGCCGCCUUCCGCGGCUCAGCAGGGCUGCUUCGCCAACGCGGCGGCUUUCUACCGCUGCCAUCAGCAGCAGAGCGCUGCAGGGGGAGGAGGAAGCUGCUGCCCACCGCCCGGCCCUCCCGCCUCCCCGCCUUUCAGCUUCCAGCCUUUGCGCCGCCUCUCCGAGUCGCCCGUCUUCGACGCCCCUCCAAGCCCUCCGGAUUCUCUCUCCGACCGAGAGAGUUACCUGAGCGGCUCCCUCAGUUCCGGCAGCCUCAGUGGAUCCGAGUCCCCCGGCCUGGAUUCGGGUAGGCGCCUGCCGAUUUUUAGCCGCCUCUCGAUCUCCGAUGACUAAGGAGGUCAGGAAGGGGGAGAGGCCUUUGGAAGCUCCCGUUUUUUAGGGGGUCCUGUUUCCCUGGGCAAUCCCCGUGGGGUAGUUACUCGCUGCCCUUUCUUUCCUGUCUUACUUCCCAUCCUAUUCAUCAGGAGUGGAAACUAGCCAAGUUCGCACAGACUAUUUUUGUUGCUCAUUUCUUUUUCAGUGUGCU